AUGAAGGCACAAAAACAUAAACGAUCCAACAAUGUAUUGGGAGCAAGUUCUAGAAAAGGCACUUCUACUCCCUCUUCGAAUCCCGAUCAAACUAAAUCCGAAAGCUCUUUUGGGUUUUUGUUUCCGGGUCUUCUUUCAAUCAUUUGCUGUUUUCCUUCAAUUGAUGGAGAAUUCGUAUUCGAUGAUCAUGAAACGAUUCUAAACAAUCCGAUCGUUCAAGGAAAAAUUCCCAUUUAUGAGAUCGUUUCCCGUGACUAUUGGGGUACUCGGAUCUCCUCCUCACUCAGUCACAAAUCGUAUCGUCCCUUCACGACGUUCACCUUUUGGUUGAAUCAUCAGCUUCACGGGAAUUCUCCACUUGGCUACCAUUUGGUGAACAUCUUCCUCCAUUUCUUGGUCACCUACCAUAUCUGGAAGCUGACAAAGCGAUUAACAGCCAAUCGCUUUACUGUACAAUCCACAACUCUCAUUUUUGCUGUUCAUCCAGUUCAUACAGAAGCUGUCUGUAAUGUAACGGGAAGAGCUGAAUUACUGAUGUCUUUAUUCUUUCUAAUCGCACUUCAAAGAUAUUUUGCUGAUAGUUUAACAUUUGCACAACUUGUGACCUACUCGUCUUUAUCAAUUCUCUCGAAAGAACAGGGUUUUAUGUUACCGGUACUCAUUCUCUUCUGUGAUCUCUUAAAAUUUUCUCGAUUUUCUACAAAGCAAAAGAAAUUUACCUACAAAAUCAUCCCAUUGAUUUCGAUUCUCGGAUUGUUGAGGCUUUUCAUCAAUAAUUUUGAGAGCCCAAAGUUCUCAAAGUUAGACAAUUUGGUGGCUUUCAUUGAGAAUCCGGUGAUGAAAUGGCUCUCCAUCGGAAAUCUCUGGCUCUACAACUUGUAUCUCUUGAUUUUCCCAAUCUCACAAUGCUUUGAUUAUUCGAUGGGAUGUAUUCAACCAAUCGAACAUCUAGUAGACUCAAGAAAUUUGAUGAUUUUGGCCCCGAUACCUCUUUUGAUCUAUACCAUUUACAAGUUGCAUCAAGUUGAUCAAAGACUAAUGCUCUUUGGUCUCUUGUUUGGAUUGCUGACUUUUCUCCCAUCAAGCCAUCUCUUCUUGACUGUUGGAUUCACCAUCGCUGAGAGGGUUCUCUAUCUUCCAUCUUUUGCUUUCUGUCUUCUCAUCGCACUAGUUGCUCAAAAACUGAAUACCCGUUUACGACAUCAAUCACUAUGGGCCCUGGUAGCACUAUUGACAGCUCUCUCUUGGCAGAGAUCAUUUGACUGGCGCAGUGAGUACUCUCUCUACAGCAGCGGUCUUCGCGUUUGCUCGAACAAUGCGAAGAUUCAUUACAAUUUGGGAAAAAUCUUGAGUCAGCGAGGAAACUCAGAGAAAGCCGAAGAUGAAUACGAGAUGGCAUUAGAAUUGAAUCCAAACUAUGAGCAAGCGAUGAACAACUUGGCGAAUAUUUACGAAAGUCAAGGGAGAUUUGCUGAAGCGAGCAAAUUGUUGAGAGAAGCGAUUAGAAUACGCCCAAAUUUUGCCACCGCUUGGAUGAAUCUCGGGAUUGCCGAGAUGAAGCUGGGAAAUCUUGAGAAAUCUCUGAUCGCUUUCAAUAACUCUUUGCGUUACCGUCCAAACUCAGCUGACUGUUAUUUCAAUCUCGGCAACUUGUACCUCGAAAUGAAAAGAAACGAGGAGGCUGUGGAAAGUUGGGAAAAGGCGAUUGGUUUUGAUGAAAGCCAUGAACCUUCUUGGAUUAAUCUGCUUGUGCAUUUGGAUGAGACUGGACGGUGUGAAGAAGUUGCACGACUGAAUGAUCGACUUAUUCAUCUUUCACAUCCAUCAAUACAUUUUCAGCUCGGCACUUGCUACGGCCAACUUGGCCAUUUCGUUCUCUCAGAGAAAAAUCUCCACAAAGCGAUUCAAUUGGAUCCAACGAAUUCCCUUUAUUAUUCAAAUCUUGGUAUUCUUUAUCAACGCUGGAAUCGUUUGAAUGAUGCAAAAAUGGCUUAUCAGAGAGCAUUAAGUUUAGACAAAGCAUCAGUGAAUGCCAAAGAAAACUUGCGAAAUGUGAUGAAAAACAGGAAUCUCACGGGU